AUGAAGGCUGUACCAGUUUGUCUUGCUCUGAUCUUUCUCAUUGGAACAGUAGUGGACGGUGAUGGACAAUUUGUGAAACUUUGUGGCAGAGAAUUCAUUCGCGCUGUCAUCUAUACAUGUGGUGGUUCAAGGUGGAGAAGACAUCUAUCUGAGCAGCCACAAAAUGUACCUGACAGAGGAGAUUUCUUCACUUUAUACACAGGAGGCAUUGAAAUGGCAGAGCCCUUGGAAUAUCAACUCCAGAAAACGAAUUCCCAAACAGAUGAAGUUCUUCAUCAGUCAGAAUCCACGGGAGAGUUAUGGAACACUGAAAACAAUUCUGGAGAAGAGAGACGGGACCUGAAUGAACUUCUGACAACAGCCUGCUGCAAAAAUGGCUGCAAGAAGAAGGACUUAAGCUCACUCUGCUAG